AUGAGAGGAUCAAAAUUAACUCAAAAAGCUGCUGCAUCAUCCAACACGAUCAAAGUGAGCGGAUCAAAGCUAACUCAAAAUGCUGCUGUAUCAUCCAACAAGAUCAAAAUGAGCGGAUCAAAAUCGAAUCAAAAUGUCGCUGCAUCAUCGAACAAGAUCACACUGAGCGAAUCAAAACCAACUCAAAAUGCUGCUGCUGCAUCACUUAAAUCAACAGCAUCAUCAAAUAUUUCUCAACCCCGACAACGUAUUGCACAAAACUACCUUCUCAUCUGGGUAGAUGACAGCAUCGACCAAGCAGACAAGGACUGCCAGGAUACGCUGACUCAAUUGAAGAAUGUAGUCAACGAUGUCAAGUUAUGCACUGAACCGGAUCAGUGCAUCCAAACACUCAACAAGGUUGAUAAAGAACAAGCCUUUGUGAUAAUAUCUGGCUCAUUAGGUCAAAAUUUGGUUCCUGAAAUUCAUGACAUACCACAGCUAGAUGCCAUUUACAUCUUCUGUGACAACAAAUCCGGACAUGAGGAAUGGACUCAAAACUGGAAAAAAAUUAAAGGUGUCCAUGCAAACAUCAAAGAAAUUUGUCAAGCAUUACAAUUGGCAGUUAAACAAUGUGACCAGGACACCAUUGCCGUAAGUUUUCUUACGAUAAAUGACAUGGCUUCACCUGAUAAUUUAAAUCAGUUGGAGCCAACUUUUAUGUAUACCCAACUAUUCAAGGAGAUCCUCCUUGAUAUCGAAUAUGAUCACAAGGCAAUCCAUGACUUAGCAACAGGUUGCCGCGAAGUUUUUACUGGCAAUCCAAGCGAAUUAAAAGUGAUUAAUGAAUUUGAACGUGACUAUGAUCCAGAAAAAGCAAUAUGGUGGUAUACACGUGAGUGUUUUACCUACAAAAUGCUUAAUCAAGCACUUCGAACUAUGGAUGCCAAUAUAAUCAUUAACAUGGGCUUCUUCUUACGUGAUGUACAUCAACAAAUUCAACAACUGCAUGAACAACAGGUCAAUGGUUAUGAACGAAAGCCUUUUUUAGUUUAUCGAGGACAAGGUCUUAUGAAGUCAGACUUUGAAAAACUUCAGAAAGCAAAUGGUGGACUUAUGUCCUUUAACAAAUUCCUGUCCACCAGCACAAAGGAAAAAAUGGCCCACAGUUAUGCUCUAGUUGCUUCAACAAAACCGAAUAAGGUAGGCAUUCUCUUUAUAAUGUCCAUUGAUCCUUGUUUGAAAUCAACACCAUUUGCAUUGAUUAAAGCAGAGAGUUAUUUUAAGGAAGAAGAAGAAAUUCUCUUCUCAAUGCACACCGUGUUUCGGGUGAGCGCAAUCAAACAAAUGGAUAAUAAGAAUCAACUUUAUCAAGUAGAAUUAGAAUUAACAUCAGAUGAUGAUCAACAACUACGAUCACUUACUGAUCGGAUACGAGAAGAAGCGGAUGGCAGUACUGGAUGGCAAAGAUUGGGUAAAUUAUUGCUUGCAAUUGGUCAAUUUAAUAAAGCUGAAGAACUUUAUAAUGUAUUAUUCGAACAGACAACUGAUGAGAAUGAAAAAGCGAGUUGUUAUAAUCAGCUUGGAGCUGUUCAUUGGAAUCAAGGUGAUUAUGAAAAGGCUAUUUGGUAUUACGAACAAGGACUUGAAAUUGAACAAAAAACUCUUCCUUCAAAUCAUCCUUCAUUGGCUACUUCAUAUAACAACAUCGGUAAGGUGUAUGACAACAUGGGAGAGUACUCGAAAGCACUUUCAUUUUAUGCAAAAGCACUUAAAAUUCGACAAAAUACUCUUGCAUCAGAUCAUCCUGAUUUCGCGCAGUCAUACAAUAACAUUGGUUUGGUGUAUUACAAUAUGGGAGAGUACUCAAAAGCACUUUCAUUUUACGAAAAAGCACUUGAAAUUCGACAGAAAAUUCUUCCUUCGAAUCAUCCUAAUUUGGCUACUUCAUACAACAACAUCGGCUUGGUUUAUACCAACAUGGGAGAGUACUCGAAAGCACUUUCAUCUCACGAAAAAGCCCUUGAAAUUCGACAAAAAACUCUUCCUUCAAAUCAUCCUUCAUUGGCUACUUCAUACAACAACAUUGGUAGUGUGUAUUACAAAAUGGGAGAGUACUCGAAAGCACCUUCAUUUUAUGAAAAAGCACUUGAAAUUCAACAAAAAACUCUUCCUUCAAAUCAUCCUUCAAUAGCUGCUUCAUACAACAACAUUGGUAGUAUAUAUCAAAAUAUGAAAGACUAUUCGAAAGCACUGUCAUAUUAUGAACGUGCUCAGGACAUAAACCAGCGUACAUUACCUCCAACUCAUCCUCAUAUAAAAAUUACGAAAGAGAGUAUUGAAUUUGUAAAAAAGAAUUUAUAA